AGAACACAGCCGCUGCGAGUUAGAGCGCGGCGCGUUUGGCUUCGCUGCUUGCUGGCCUGGGUGUUCUGAACUGUCACUGAGCGCAUUUAGGGUUCCAAAUUCCCAAUUCAUUAACUUGCCAAUUACGGCAACUCAAAUGUUGUAUAUUAAGCUUCAAUCGCCGCUUCCCCGCCGUCAAAUUAUUCCGGGCUCCCUUGCUACCGUUACCUUCUCUGCUGCCAAAGCCCACUCGGACCCUUUCAUUUCUCACUCCCCUCGAGCGACCGCAUUCCAUUCCCCUCACCGUGAUUUUUGUCGGAACCCUAAUUCCUCCCUUCCAUUUCUCUGAACAGAAGGACUCCGCCCGGCUAGGAUAAUCUCCAUGGGGAAGGAGCCAAUGGAAACUGACGAGAUGGGAAAAGGAAAUACGUCAUCUAAAACGAAAGGAUCUUGCUUCCGUCUGAGGCCAGUUCCAUGUGAUGAGGCUGGUGAAGGGCUGCCUUAUGCUCCUGAGAAUUGGCCGAAUCCUGGAGACAUGUGGGGUUGGAAAGUUGGGAAACGACUAACCUACUCUGGGUGUCAUCAGGACAGGUUCCUCUACCUCCCCAAAAGCCUUUGCCAUCUUGUGGGCGCUCCUGCUCGUGUGAAGAACGGUUUCGCAAGCAAGCUUUCUGUUCGGAGAUUCCUUCAAACGCAUUUCCCCAAGGCUGAUAUUGAGGCAUUCUUUGAUUCCUUCGUCUGGAGGAUCCCUUCUAACCAGGCCUCCAUGAUCAGACUUGCGAAUAGGAAUCCUUCUCUAACUAUUACAGGAGACAUUGAUAGCGGUGCCUUUCCUGUGCCCCCUUCAGCUACUUUAGCAUGUGAUCCCCAAUCCUAUGGAGGCUGUAAGGCAGGAAAUAAGGGUUGCAGUAGUCUUGAAGAAGCAAUAGGAAGUAGUCCUCCUGUACCUUCAGUACCUUGUGAUAUUUGCUGUAUGGAGCCUGGUUUCUGUCGUGAUUGUUGUUGUAUUCUCUGUUCCAAAAUCAUUACUCCAUCACAUGGUGCUUACAAUUACAUAAAGUGCCAAUCAGUGUUGAGCCCAGGGUGCAUAUGUAGCCAUGUAGCCCACAUUGAAUGUGCUCUGAGAACUUACAUGGCAGGAACUGUUGGCGGAAGUAUUGGUCUUGAUGCUGAGUACUUUUGCCGGCGUUGUGAUGCAAAGACUGAUCUGGUUCCACAUGCUGUGAAGCUUUUACAAACUUGCAAAUUCAUGGAUUCUCGAGAUGAGAUAGCGAAAAUAUUAAAUCUUGGCAUCUGCAUCUUGCGUGGAUCUCAGAGAAAUAAUGCCAGGGAUUUGCUGAAGCGUAUUCAAUUGGCUGCCAAAAAUCUUAGUCAUGGGACUACCCUUGAAGAUGUAUGGAAAGCAGACAAUGAUGCAUCUGACAUGAACAAAAAACAACCCUUUCUUGAUUUGGAAGCCAAAACUCCUGAUUACAACACUGAAAUUCUCCAACUUGAUGCUGAGAUCAACGAUGUGCUCCAUGCACUGCGAGAGUCGCAAGAGCUCGAGUUCAAGCUUGCAGAAGAACAACUCCAUGCUAAGAAGAGAAACCUGCAAAACCUUUAUGAACAACUUCAGAAAGAGCAUUCUGGACUAGCAUGCCUGAACUUAGAGGCGAUGGGUGAUGGUGAAUUGCGGAGCACAGUGACUAGCAGGAUAGAUCAGAUAAAUUGCGAGAGAAAGAAACUCGAGCAUAUGAAAAGAGUGGCCAAUGGUUUUGGGAGGACCUCCAAACGCAUUCUCAUGGAACAUUUUGGCUUGGCAGUUGAGAAGAAACCAAGCAAUGGUGUGCCAUCGUGAAGGUGAUAUGCUUGUGUUAGUGUUUCACAGGUUCGUGAAAGUUUUCAUAUUCGGGUUUCUUUGUUUCUUUUUCUGGGUUUGGGUAUUCACCAGGCUCUAUCUACUGGAGCCAUAUGAUUUUCUGGCUAUUUCUGGAAAAGGGACGAUUUUGGUUUCGACUGUGUUCAUGCUAGAGACAUUAGUUUAGAUAGAGUGCAUUGCAAAUGUACAUGACAAAGUCGUGUAAGAGUUAGAAAUCGAAUCUUCUUGAGCGCGCGAUAGACUACAGGAUAUAGAGCAUCAACUUUUACCAACUUGGUUUUUGGUCAAUGGAGUUUCAGUUUCUUUGCAGAACAAGUUGCUUUGUGUGGUUUAUUGUGCUUGUUCCGUGGGACAGAACUUUCCUUCGUAGCCAAACUCUAUCUGCGAUUUCAUUUCAUUUUCUGAAGAAGAGCCUUCUGAGUUCUUUGAUUUGUUC